UAUGUGUUUUUAUAUAUUUUUCUAGAAGUUUUUCGAUGUGUUUUUAUCGAGUUCUAGCAAGGUUGGGAUAUGCAAUGCAAUAAAGUUAUCUUCGAUGACAGGAACUUCAUAUGAAAGCAGGACCUUCAAAUAAAAAGGUUUCCAUACACAUAACUACAUACAAAACUGAACUUGACGAAUUACCUGCAAUGGAAGACAGAAACCACAAAAGGAAUAAUAAGCGCAAUCAAUUCGUUUGCGCCAUUUGUUUAAAUUCUAAACUGGAGGACAAAAUGGCCGAAUGCUGUCGAACAGUUCCAAAGAUAUGUCCAAAAUGUGUGAAAACCUGCGACGAUUGUACCAACACAGACAAAAAGGUAAAAGAAAAAGUUGUUGGAGAAAGGAGACGGAUUGUCUCACCCAAAAGUCCCGCGAAAAGAGUACAGACGUCUGAAACAGAGGUCGCUCAAGGACUGACCCUGUUAAACGAAGUCCUCACGGUUUUUCAAAACAAAAAAGUCGAUAUGAACAAGGAGAAAGUCAAAUCUGGACUUUUGAAAGAUGCUGCGGUAUCUACUGAUGAUCAGAACAAUCCCAAAGACCCCUCAAGACUCACUAUAAGUACUUUUCAGUACUCCAUAGAUGCCACCAAAAAGCAAGAAAAUGGUAAAUUUACAAUCGUGAAUUGUUGCCAACCAGACUUCGUUCGGAAACAAAAUUCUUUAGAUUUAAUUAAACACAAAUCCUCAUCCAUCCCUCAAAUGAAGUUAGAAGAAUUAAAAUACUCAUUAAAGGAAAAAACUAGAUCGAAAGAUGCCAUAGAAGAAGUCAAUAGAAUGUUUGCCACGGUGAAUAGAAGAUCAGGUAAAUAUAUAGAAAAUUCUAACCGACCGAUGGUUCGAAGUGGGCCCAGAGUGUUACCAGUUGUCAAAAAUAAUGACUUCUACCAAGAGAAGAAAAAUGAAUCCGGCUUUGCAAGCAACAAGCAUCGCUGCAAAUGUUGCCAGACUCGUAUGUCGAGUGGGGACUCUGUGACGGAGUGUUGCCAAGAUACUGAUAGGGAGAGAUGCGACAAAUGUGUUUACAUGCUGUGUUGCCAGUACGAAAAUAAACGGAAAAGGCAGACGGGGUUGUUGAUUUGUGAGCAUUGCAGAAGUUUGAAUGAGGAGCAUCAUUGUCAUCGUGAGUGUUAUGUAGACGACGGUUGCUAGGUUUUUUGUAAACUUUUACACUUUUUAUUGUAUUCAAUAAAGUUUAUUUGUACAGUACAUGGGUGGUUAUGAUAUUUCAUCAAUUCGAAUUUUUAUCUCCGGCGCAGAGGCUUGCAGCAGUGGAAGCGAAAC